GCAGAGGACGCCAGCUGUAAAGUGAACUCUGUGCCAGAGUCCAGUGGGGUGAGGGUCUCUUGAACCAUUCAGAGAGUCAGAAGAUUUAUUGCUGUCUGGGGGUUCCUGUUACUUUCUCCAUGGCUGCUGCUGAAACACUCUCCACAGCUCCUUUCUCUCUGGACUCCUACCAUGUGUCAGAGGAGCUCGGCUUCAUUCUCCCUGAACCCCUGACAGAGCUCCCACCUUACUACCAGCCAUGGAUGGAUAUUGCUCUGCGAGUCCCAGAGCUCGUGCACUCUCAUGAGCUUCGCUCCCAUAUUAAUAGGAUGCCCCUGCUGAGCACCAACAUUCUACAGAAACACCGGGAGUUAAGGCUGGCCCACCUGGCCCUCAGCGCGAUGACCAUGGGCUAUGUUUGGCAAGAGGGAGAGAAUGGCACGGUUGAGAUUCUUCCAUGUAACCUGGCUGUUCCAUUCUGGGAAGUGUCGCAGCGCUUAGGAGUUCCUCCAAUUCUCACCCAUUCUGAUGGAGUAUUGGCUAACUGGAGGAAGAAGGACCCUGAGGGGCCUUUUGACAUGGAGAACCUGGAGCUGCUGGUCAGGCUCCCAGGUGGAGACAGUGUCCGAGGCUUCUUCAUGGUCACUCUGCUGGUGGAGCUGGCAGCAGCUCCUGCGCUGAGGAACAUCCCCAAUGUGAUCAAUGGUGUCAAGUGUGGUGACACUGCGGCUGUGGCCAGAGCCCUGGAGGACAUCAGCCAGUCUUUACAAGACAUGACAGACAUAUUCAAGUUGAUGCAAGUGUACGUUGAGCCUCCAGUCUUCUAUGGAAUUAUGAGGAUCUACCUUUCUGGGUGGAAGGACAACCCCAGUAUGCCAAAGGGGUUGGUGUAUGAAGGGGUCCAGACAGAGGCGAUGGAGUAUUCUGGAGGAAGUGCUGCACAGAGCAGUUUGCUCCACUGCUUCGAUGAACUUCUGGGAGUCAAACAUGGAGAAAAAAGCGGUGCCUUUCUAACCAGCAUGAGGAACUACAUGCCACCUGCCCACAAGCAGCUGAUCCAGGACAUCUCUUUGCAACCCUCCCUGAGAGGUUUUGUCCAGCAGCAGGCCAGCGAGCGACUAAACCAGGCUUUUCAUCUCUGCGUCACAAGAAUCUUGUCUUUGCGCAGCUACCACAUCAAUGUCGUCAGCCGCUUCAUCACGGUACCUGCUGCCCGUGCCCGACAACUCCGUAAGCAGGGCCUGGACUUGGAGGGGGAGAUGAUCAGCAGAGCGCCCACAGCACUGGAGGAGAGGGGCACCGGAGGCUCUGGUAUCAUGACCUUCCUAAAAGAUGUGAGGGACCAAACCAAAGACGCCCUUCUGCCCGAGACAAGCAAAGAAAUGAAUCUGCCGUUAACUGUCCUCACUGACGAUACACAGCAAAGCGUCGACGACAUCACUUAAAACAGGCAGUAAUACUUUCUAUUUCAUGUCAUUAAAGGACGCCUUUUGGCAGAUUGAGAGUGAAAGACCUCUGUUGCUUGUCUGUUAUGGAGCUUUGUUGUGUCUGUAGACAUACCAUUAUUCAGUCCAAGCCAUAAUUCAAUUAUUGUUACUUUCCAUUACAUUCAAUCACUAAAUCCAUUAAAAUCACUUAAUUUACCAAAUUCUUCUUUAAUCUGGAACAAAAAUGCAUCCAAAAUCUAUUCCAGACCCAGAAGUAUCUUUGGAUAACUUCAGUUAUUACUUAACCCUCUUUCUUUUGGAGAAAGUGAUUGAGGUGUUCAGUUCAAUCGUUCAAAGAAGGUUGGUCUUCCCAACUUGAAAAUAUUGAAAAUCGUUUAUCUUUAAUCGUACACAAAGGUUUACUGGUAUUACUUUAAAAGUCAAUAUAAUAACUGAAACGUUUCCAGCUCUCAAAAAAUGAUCAGAUGAAAAGAAUGGAACUCAAUAGAGCGAAUACAAUCCUACCCGUCUGUCUUACUCUUGUAUAAAAGGUACGAGGAAGUAUUGUCUGCACAAAAUUGUACAAACUCAUAUAAAGAUGUUUACUCCAUAAUCAUGUCUGAUUUUUUCUACAUUAA